AUGGUCACGGGCACGAAGAAGGAGGACGUGUACGCAAGUCUCCUCCUGACGGACACAUAUCUCCCCGGUGCUCUUGUCCUUGCCCACUCGUUGCGCGAUGCCGGCACCACCAAGAAGCUCGCCAUCCUUGUCACACCAGACACCGUCUCGACCGAGGUUAUCGCUACGCUCAAGACUGUAUACGACUAUGUCAUCUAUGUCGACCGCAUCCGCAAUGGCAAGCCCGCCAACCUCUUCUUGAUGAACCGCCCGGAUCUCCACUCGGCCUUUACCAAGAUCAACCUGUGGAAGCAGACCCAGUUCCGCAAGAUUGUCUACAUUGAUGCCGACGUUGUUGCUUACAGAGCCGUGGAUGAGCUCUUCGAUCUCCCACAUGCCUUCUCGGCGGCUCCCGAUAUCGGAUGGCCCGACUUGUUCAACACCGGUGUCAUGGCCCUGACCCCCAACAUGGGCGACUACUAUGCCAUGAUGGCUAUGGCCGAACGCGGCAUCUCGUUUGACGGCGCCGAUCAGGGCCUCUUGAACAUGCACUUUGGAAACACAUAUAACCGCCUCAGCUUCACCUACAACGUCACGCCGUCAGCUCACUACCAAUAUGUUCCCGCCUACCGCCACUUCCAGGGCAGCAUCAACAUGGUGCACUUCAUUGGAGCCGACAAGCCGUGGAGGCAGGGACGCGAAAGCACCACGGACGCCGGACCUUUCGAUGAGAUGACCGGAAGGUGGUGGGCUGUUUACGACAGACACUACCACAAAGAGGCCGGACACGCGCCCAGCAUUGUUCAGCACUUUGUCAAGGGAGAAUACAACCCAACGGCCCGUUAUGUCGUGCCCACUGGCGAACCCAACGGAUGGGAUGCCCAGAGGAGCUCACCCCCGACCGAUUCCGGGCCCGAGGCCGCAAACUUCCCCCGCACACACUAUGAGAUGUCAAGAGACACUUCGCAGUUCCAGGCACCCGACCGCUACCCCAGCCCUCCCAGCAACAUGUGGUACUCGGUACCGAGCGAGCGCGAUCAGCCCAAGUCUGUUUUCCCGUGGGAAAACAAUGCGCCUCGCCCCACCCGCGUGUUUGCUGAGAACCCCUUGGCCCCCGUGACUCCGGCCCCGAAAUCUCCUGCCAUCCGAACCGCCCCCUCUCCCGGCGGAACCGCCUGGAACUCGUUGAACCAAAGCAACGCGUGGGAUGAGAUCCCCCAGAUUAACCGCUAUGUUGACUCGAUGCAGAGACACCGCAGGUCUAGGAGCCAGAUUCUGGCGGCGAGCCCAGGCAGAUCGACAUCCGGCGAACGCCAGGAGGAGCCAAGCGAGGAGCGCAGAGGAUCCAUCAAGCUGCCUGCUGCCGAGGGCGUUCCCGCCCAAGACGAAUGGGACCCGGCUGCUCAACUCCAAAAGUUGGCCAAGCAACAAUCCGAGGUCUUGUUGGAGAAGUUGGGUGCCAGCGGAACCGGCCAGAGCCAGGAGAGCAUUAGUGUGGAUGGAAAGGAGAUUCCCCACCGUCCGUUGCCGUUCGGAUCCGAAGAUAUUCUAGCAGAGGCCCCCGAGCUGGUGACGGGACAGACGACGCCCAGGACCGUGGAGUCGCGCUCCCCCAGCAUUAGCACGACGGCGACGAUUGCCGUGCCAUCCUACCAAGGACCCGGAGCCAUGUUUGAGAAGGGCGAGGACUAUCUGACACAGGACACCCCCGCGCAGCCGACCGAGGAGGACCUUGACGUUUUGCAGACCUAG